AUGGCGACUGCUGAUCUGAGAGAAGAGCUGGAGUGCUCCAUCUGCCUGAAUCUUUUUGCUGACCCUCUGACACUCUCAUGUGGACAUCAUUUUUGCCAGGGCUGCAUUGGGAGCCUGCUGGACACCCAGGAGGCAUCAGGGCUUUACACCUGCCCUGAAUGCAGAUUGGAUUACCAGGAGCGGCCUGUGCUUCAGAGGAACAGAAAACUGGCCAACAUAGUGGGGCUUCUCUGUUCUACUGCCCCAGAGAUGGACAGGGCAGAGACCUACUGCACUUACUGUAUCUAUUCUUCUGUACCUGCUGUCAAAACAUGUCUGCACUGUGAGGCUUCUCUGUGUGAUAAGCACCUAAGGGUGCACAGCAAGUCAGAAGAUCAUGUCUUAGUUGAGCCCACCACCUUGGUGGAGAACAGAAGAUGCUCAGUCCACAAGCAGAUAACGGGGUACUACUGCUGUGAGGAUGGGGCAUGCAUCUGUGCAUCUUGCUACGUGAUUGGGGAGCACCGGGGACACUCAGUGGAGCUUCUGACUGAGGCUUCUGAGAAAAAGAAAGUGAAACUGAGGUCGGUACUGGAGAAACUGGAACCAAAGAAAGACCAGACUUUGGAAAGGAUCCAGAUGUUACGGGAGCACAGAAGCCAAAUGCAACAACAGGCCUCUCAUACAGCAAAGCGGGUCAGAGACGUAUUUCAGUACAUGAGAGAUCAGCUGGAGGUCAGAGAGAAACAAGUCCUGAGUGAAAUCUUGAGACUGGACCAGCACCUUUCCCUCACACUCUCUGGUCUCAUUGAACAGUUAGAAACACAGAAGGCUGAGCUCUCCAGGAAGAUCCAACAAAUUAAGGAGCUGUGCAACAUGGUGGACCCUUUAACCAUCUUGCAGCACCUAAAUUCUGAUGAAACUGACUUUUUUGGUCCAAAGGGUAUCAAUAAUAGUCAAGGAAAUCGAGAUGAAAAGAUCCUUCCUGUGGAGUUUUUUGAGGAGGAAAAGAUCUUAGAGAACCUCAUGGCAGGAUUGGAUGAUACUGUGACUGGCGCAAAGACAUGGUGGCUCUACGGGCAGGAGAACCAAGGAAUGCAAUUGGACAUACAGACAGCUGCUAAUUAUGUGGCUCUAUCAGAGGACAUGAAAAGUGCCUCCUGGGCUGGAAUAAACCAGCGCCGGCCACAAACGCCAGUUCGAUUUCAGAACCCUCAAGUUUUAAGCACCAAUAGAUUUUUAUCAGAGCGAAACUACCUGGAUGUGGAGGUUAGUGAAUCCGGGGGGUGGAGUGUUGGGGUGGCCUAUGCCAGUAUAGCAAGAGAAGGAGAACAGUCCUGGAUUGGAAAUAACAGCAGCUCCUGGUGUCUGUAUAGAUACAAUAAUAUGUAUUCUGUGAGACACAACAGCCAAGGAACCAAACUGCCCCACAGCCCGUCCUGCGGGAGACUCAGGAUCUCUUUGGACCAUAAGGGCAAAUGUUUAUCCUUUUAUGAGCUGAGCGAGCCAAUCAGACACUUGCACACGUUCAGAGCUUCCUUCAAUGAGCCGCUUCAUGUGGCAGUCAGGGUGGGUUGGAUGGGCAAUGCCUGGGUGAGAAUUAUUAGCAACAAAGCUAUCCAAUAA